GGCCCCCGCGGCUUGCUCAUGCGCAGUGGGGGUGACUUUGAGGCCGUGGUGUCGGCGCUAUGCUGGCCAAGGUGCUCGGGCCGCGCUACGCCCAGCUCCUGCAGACCUGGACUCCCACCCUCGUGACGUGGGGUAGUGUGGCUGGUAUCGGUGUAAUAUGGGGCACAGACUGGAAGCUGGUCCUUCAAUAUGUUCCCUACAUCGGUGGCAAGUAUAAAACUGAAGACUAAGCUUCCCUCUAAUGGAAAUGGAUUGCUGGAUAGUGUUUUGGAGCCGUCCAUCCGCUGAGACCCUGCUUCGAGGUGAACUCGAAAUGCCCAGUAAGGAUUCUGCAACAGGUCCUGGUGUCCUCCUCUCCCAUGAGCAGCUCUGACCACUUGGUUGGGAACACGUCUAACUCCACUGGCCAGCCUGCCUCGUGUUCUUCCACUCAUCACUGUCACAGCAACUCGUGUUGUCAUGGGAGGAGUUCAUAAACCUGAUGGACAAAAUAAACCGAGUGACUUACA